UAUGUCCGGCAAUUCUCGUGCGCUCGCGUUGAGAGCGUCGGGUGUGCUGGGUGAUCUCGCGGCACAGGGCGGUAUUCCCUGGGCGCAUGCGCGGUGAACAAGGUUCUGUAUUUUUACCAUGUCUGUGAUCAAGUGUGUAACCCAGUCAGUGGGGAUUUUUAGAGACUGUACCAGCAAGUUUUGCACAAGAAGGACGCUCAGUCUAUUUUCUGGCUCUCCUACUACUACUAAUACUACCCAUUGGAGCAAAGUUGUUUCAGAUGCAGAAAAAAUUGUGGGUUAUCCAUCUUCCUUCAUGAGCCUUCGUUGUCUUCUGAGUGAUGAACUGAGCAAUAUAGCCAUGCAGGUCAGGAAGCUGGUGGGGACUAAGCAUCCUCUGCUGAAUACAGCCAGGUCUUUUGUGUAUGACAGUCGAAACAAUCUGCAGAUGCGAGGCCUGGUGGUGUUGCUCAUUUCUAAAGCAGCUGGGCCUAGUAAAUCAGCGGAAGACACUCUACAGCAUGACAUGGUCAGCGGUAUUUAUACAAGCCAGAGAAAUCUGGCUGAGAUUACAGAACUGAUCCAUACAGCUUUCUUAGUGCAUCGUGGGAUUGUCAAUAUGGAAGAGCUGAAGAGUUGCGAUGGCCCUAUUAAAGACAUGGAAUUUGGAAACAAAAUGGCUAUUCUGAGUGGAGACUUUCUGCUUGCAAAUGUUUGCACUGGGCUAGCACAUCUACAAAACACAAAGGUUGUGGAAAUUGUAUCCAGUGCAAUAGGAGACCUUGUUCAAGGAAUAUACUAUGAAAAUACAUAUUUACCAGAGAAAAAUUCUUUCACUGAUGAUAUUGGAAUAGCCAGUUGGAUGGAACACAUUUUUCUAUCUCAUGGUGCAUUGUUGGCAAAAAGCUGUCAAGCUGCAAUGGAAUUGGCAAAGCACGAUCCAGAGGUCCAAUCUAUGGCUUUCCAGUAUGGAAAGCACAUGUCCUUAAGUUAUAAGCUUAACUCUGACCUUCAGCCAUUCAUGAAUGAGAAAUACAGUGGUUCGUCCUUUAGUUUGAACUCUGCUCCAGUCAUUCUACAUCAGGAAUUUAUAGGAAGAGAGGCCUGGAUGGAGUUGGUCAAACAGGCGCAACUGAAAGGAAACUUGAUAGAUCUAGCAAAGGAGGCAGUCAAGGCUGGCAAAGGUGUGACUGCAGCAACUGACCUGUGCUGUUACCAUGGAGACAAAGCUCUGGAGAAUUUACAUUGCUUCCCUCCCUCAAAGGCCAGAUCUGCCUUAGAGAACAUCGUACAUGCUGUGACUAGAUUUCACUGACACUGUCCUCAGCUAAAUGUUGCUGCUUAUUUUUAUUGUAUUUUAUGUUAUUCUAGUAAAUCUGAAUAUUGUGGACUGGAAAAUUUUGAAUGGUCAUCAAUGGGCUAGAUUGCAUCACUAUUUUCAUUCAUAAUAUUGCGUUGGGUGUACAUCCUAUUCCUUUCUUGUCUGAAUUGCUAAAGAUAAAAAUAGAAUGAGAAAAAAAAAAGGUCAAACCGUUUUCUCUUGUCAUGCCAGAAGCAUACUUGAGGCAGAACAAGUAGAAAUAAUUAAUGAGGUGUGCUGCAGUGACCUCAGCAAAUGGCCAGGAAAUAAGCCCUUAUUGAUUUGGACAUAACCAGGGAUGGCGCCAGUGUGGUGGCCUGUGGUUUUCCUGCUCUGGGGAGGACAGAAGGGGCGGGGUUUUGCAGGUGUCGGUAGGAAUUCUCUCUUCUAAACGACAGUAAGUUCCUGAUAAGCAUGCAGUGUGUGCCCACAUCAAGGACACUCCUCGGUACCAAGAAAUGUGAAACGGAGUCAUCCGAAAUGUGCACGCAGUAUGUGAAUAUUGUUAAUUAAAAAUGAACGCAGUCCUGUUUUAAUAGUAUUCUGUUGUAGACAAUACUGCUUUCACAAUCUGCAUUAUAUAAUGCUACAAAUGUGUUGUAAGCUUUUGCAAUAUUUAUUUGUAAUGAGAGAUGUACAGUAUUCUGACACAUAAAUGAAGAGCCCUGUCUGUAAUGUUCACCUGAAUGUCUGUAACAUAAAAUAUAUCUUUUUUACAUUUAUUAACGAAAUGUACUCCUUUUAAAUUAUACAUUUUGUUUCGAAUAGCAAAACUGGUUCACUCAUUAUUAUAAAGUGUAUGGGAUUUCCAGACAAAAUAUGGUAUAAAUUGUGAGAGUAAUUGUAAUGGUAAAGUAACUAAACUAAAGCCACUGACAUUUCAGCAGCAGCAUAUGCUAUAUGCAGUGAUGAUUACUGAAAUAAUAUCAAUGAAUUAACAUUUGCAUAUAGCCAAGUAUUGAACAGUGUACUCAUUCUACUGUACAAUACAAAGAAAGGUUUCAGAACAAAAUGUAAAACAUACAUUAGCAAAAACUAAAACUCAUUUGUCACAACUUCGAAAUUAGGCUCAGAUUUAUCAAACCUUGACGAGUGAUAAAUUGCACGGUGAUAAAGUACUAAAAAUUCAGCUCCUUACUUCCAUGUCUCAGGCUGUGUUUGAAAAAUGACAGGAGCUGGUUGGUUGGUGCUUUAUUAAAGUGCAAUCUAUCACUCUCCAAGGUUUGAUAAAUAUGGGCCUUAUUUUGAAAACCACAGAGAUGAUCAGCAUAAUAGUAACUGUCAAAUUCCAGGAGAAGCGUGUCUCACCCGUACGUGCUGCUUUUUAUACAGAUUUCUAAUAAUAUAAAGUUCCCCUGUGAAUGCUCUGGCAUCCAGAGAAUACCAACCAGAUUUAUGAAAUAAAUGAACGUGUAUUUAAAAAGUGUAUGGGGAUAUUUUUUUUUCUGUUUUGUUUUUGAAUGAAGUCUUUAAAAUAAUUCCUCUGGGUAAGUAAAUAAUAAUCUUUAGCUUGUCAAACCCAGGCAGAUUCCAGGCUGAAAUAUACAACACAUUGUAAUUGCCUGUUUUCGCAUCAUGUCUGUACCAUAGCUUUUAAUCUUUGUUAACUUUUCUCAGAGAGAAAAAUUAAAAUUUCAGUAUUUUAUCCA